AUGGCAGAGGAAGGACCCCAAGUUAAAAUUAGAGAGGCAACCAAAGAUAAUGUGGAUUUUAUACUGUCGAACGUCGAUAUGACGCUUGCAAAUUCGCUUCGGAGAAUAAUGAUAGCAGAAAUCCCAACUUUGGCGAUCGACUCUGUGGAAAUCGAAACAAAUACUACUGUCCUGGCCGAUGAGUUCAUAUCACACCGUUUGGGACUGAUCCCGCUUCAAAGUGCGGAUAUCAAUGAUCUAAUCUAUUGCAGAGACUGUUAUUGUGAGGAUCAUUGUGAUCGUUGUUCUGUGGUACUGACUUUGCAAGCUGUCGGGGAAAGCGAGUCUACAACGAAUGUUUAUGCAAAGGACCUGGUAAUUGUCAGUAACCUAAUGGGACGCAAUAUUGGACAUCCGAUUAUUCAGGACAAAGAAGGGAGUGGUGUUUUGAUCUGCAAACUGCGUAAAGGUCAAGAGCUCAAAAUUAAAUGCAUUGCCAAGAAAGGGAUAGCCAAGGAACAUGCUAAAUGGUCGCCAGCAUCUGCCAUUGAGUUUGAAUACGAUCCUUGGAACAAGCUUAAACACACGGACUUUUGGCAUGAAACCGACGCUGCCGCUGAAUGGCCACAGUCCAAAAACUGCGAGUAUGAAGACCCGCCUAACGAAGAUGAUGUUUUCGAUUACAAGGCAAAGCCCAGUACUUUUUACAUGAAUGUGGAGGCGGUGGGAUCGCUGACAUCGGAUCAGGUAGUACUAAGAGGCAUGAAGGCACUGCAAGAUAAAGUUGCUGACAUUUUAUUUUCGCUUAAGAAGAUGGACCAGGACAAGGUAAACUUUGGAGGAACCGCCGGUCUUGCAGAGCAAGAUGGCAGUGUUAUGCCUAUGGAGUCAGAUGGCGGUUACGGCUACGCAGGUGGUUCUGGUCCCUACAAUGCGGCAGGGCCCAAUCCAGGAUUUGAUGACGCGUGGUAA